UUGGUUGCUCUUUUACUUUCUUCUUCAUAAAUGACCCCCUCUAUCUCUCUCUCUGUUACAAAAUUUAUUAAAUUGGUUUUGGAAUUGAAGGGGUUCACAUUCACUCUCUCUUUCUUGAUCUCUGGUUCUCUUCACUGUUAUGAAUCCUACUUUUGGGGUUCCUUGCCAACUAAAUCUUGAUGGAUUUUGGUGAGCAAUAGCCUUGAUUUUUGUGAAGGAAUGGAGAACUCGCACGAGAAUGGGUAUGGAGUGGCUGAGAAUGGCCAGAGUCUCAUGAGGCACUCUACUUAUCAGCCAGGAUUUAAGCUAUCUUUACAAUGGUUAGAUUUGAGAGUGUUUUAUGUUAGAAUUAGCAAAUGUGAGCUUGAUGAUUUGACCGCCGAGUACCUCACGGUGAACCAUGUUCCGCUGAAUCGCGAUACACUUUUGGAAGUGAAUGGUGCACGGACUGGAAUUUAUUCUGAUGGGGUAUCCACUGUACUCAGAAGAGAUAGGUACGAUAAGAAAUCCGAGGAGGUCACUUUUGUUAGUACGGAUAGUAUAAGUAUGACAGGAAGUGUGAGAUUUGAGGUUUACGAUAGGGAUGUUGUUGUGUUGUAUGGCUCAUUAGAACUAUGUAAUAGCAAUGGGUUUAUCGGUGAAUCUGAAAAUCAUGGUCAAUCUUGGAGCAUCAAUUGUGAAACAGAUGUGCUUGCUGGCUCUAGUUCUAGCUUUCUUAAAGGAAACCAACACCUCGGUACGGAUUUGGUUUCUCCUGUAAUUGAAGUUUAUGUGGCUGGUUGUUUCUCAGGGAAACCAAUUAUACUGACAAGGACCUUAGAACUCGGACACCGGAAGAAGCAACAAAGGCAAGGAAUGCUGGAAUCUAUACCAGAAUAUGAGGCAACCGAAAGCCAGUACCAUAUUUCCUCUUCAUAUGCAAUGCAGGUUACAGAUCAUGAAAGACAGAAACAAGAGCAUGAUGAAUAUAAUCAUUACUCAAGGAUGGAAUAUAUAGAAGGUGAAGAUGGGGAAUUAUCCUGGUUCAAUUCUGGUGUAAGAGUUGGUGUUGGAAUUGGCCUUAGUGUUUGUGUUGGUAUUGGUAUAGGAGUCGGGCUUCUUGUUCGUACCUACCAAGGAACUUCCAACUUCAGAAGGCGUCUAAUAUGAAACCUGCUAACUUGAUGAUUUUGACUGAUAACUUUCUCUGAAACUAAGUGCUGAUGAUGCAAGGUGAUAUAGGAUCCUCUUGUAAGCAGAAAUGUUUAUGCCCUUUCUCCAUUUCUUCCUGAACUGGUCUUUUAUAAAACUCCCAGCAGUAACGAAUAAAACUUGAAUCUUGUGUACUUGAGCUACAGUAUAGCCUUAGACCUUGUUGCUAACUACCGAUACUCACUUGUUAGAACAGUCUUCACUGAAUCAUAUUUCUCAUAGGUCUGCUGUCAUUUUUUUUUUCUUUUGUCAGUAAUUCUUAGGUCGGUCUUCUAUUGGUGUUAUAACAUGGUCAAAUGUAUCAGUGAACGUUCCACCGUCUGUUCAAAGGUUUUAAUCUAAUUGAAUAUCAGAUUACUGUU